ACUAACAGUUAAGAAGAUAUCAAAUAUGGCAAAAUUAUAUUCUUAUUAUGUGACAAAUGCACGUGAAGAAUUAAAUUAUACCGAGCACAAAUUAAAUGAUAAUGAAUUCGAACAAAUAAUGCAAAAUUAUGUUGCUACUAUUAUAUCCAAUGAUAAUAUGUUUGACGAAGAUUUGGAAAGUGAGAAAGAAAAUACUAAUUUAGAAGAUAGCGAUAUUAUAAAUUUAACAAAUAUUGAUGAUAAAAAUUUAGAUAUUAGAAAUACUAUUAAUUUAGAUUAUGCUUUGUACGAAGAUGAUUCAAAUAUUGCAGCAAAUUAA